UCUGCAUUACACCAACCGGUCAUCUCACACACUGACACCAGUGAAUCUCCAUCAGUAUAAAAGUCUCUUUGUAUGGUUUUAAGGUGGCUGUUACUGACUAAGGCUCAGAGAUCAGACACUAAAAUAUUUUACAAAUCAUCUUUAUUAACUCAAAACCAUCAUCAACAUGAAAAUGAUCACUUUCCUCUUCAUCAUCUCUUUAUUCAUCAAUGGUGUGUUUGGUGAUGAAGUGAAGUCAGUGUCAGUGAUGAAGGGAGAUUCUCUUACUCUACACACUGAUACUAAACUACAGAAAUAUGAUAUAAUAGAUUGGAGGUUUGGUGAGACAGAGGAUCGCAUAGCUCAAAUCAACAGUGAAGCCAAUAUGAUCUCAAUAUAUGAUGAUGUUCUUGAUGGGAGAUUUAGAGGCAGACUGAAUCUAAAUAAUCAGACUGGAGAUCUCACCAUCACAAACAUCACAACUCAACACACUGGACUUUAUCAACUAAAGAUCACUGGAGAGAAGACUACAAGAAAAACAUUCAGUGUUAGUGUGAUUGAUGUUGAUACAGAUGAGAUGAAUUCAGUGUCAGUGAUGGAUGGAGAUUCUGUUACUUUACACACUGAUGUUCCUGAUAUUAAGAAAUAUGAUGUGAUACGGUGGAGGUUUCAACAUGAAAACUCUCCUCUAGCUGAACUCAACAGAAACACUGCUCUCUUUUCUACAUAUGAUGAUGUUCAUGAUGGGAUAUUUAAAGACAAACUGCAGCUGGAUGUUAAGACUGGAUCUCUCACCAUCAGAAACAUCAGAACCAAACACUCUGGACUUUAUGAAGUAGAUCUCAGCAGCACCAGCACCAGUUAUACCAUACAUCAGUCAUUCACAGUUAAUGUCAGUGGUAAAGUGAUGACAGUGUCAGUGAUAAUGGGAGAAUCGGUCACGUUAAAGACUAAUACUGAAAUACAGACCUAUGAAAUACAGUGGAUUGCAUCUGAUUAUGACACACGGAUAGCUGAAAUAUAUAAACCAGACUAUCUGUACAAUAUAUAUGAUGGUGCUGAUGGGAGAUUCAGAGACAGAGUGCAGUUAAAUAAUCAGACUGGAGAUCUCACCAUCACAAACAUCACAACUCAACACACUGGACUUUAUGAACUGAAGAUGAGCAACAGGAGACAAUCCAUUCAGAGGAGAUUCAGUGUUCAUGUCAGUGUUUUGUCUUCAUAUGGUAUAGCUGGAUUAAGUGUUGGUGUCCUGGUUAUUGUUGCAGUAACAACUGGUGGGUGUUACUAUCACUAUAGAUUUUAUACAGCAACAAUACAAACAAUAAUGGUGGGACGUUCUGUCCGUCUUGAGACUGGUGUUGAGAACAUAAAGACAAAUGAUGUGAUCGAGUGGAGGUUUAUAUCUGGUGCCUUUCAAAAGACCCUCAUAGCUAAAAUCCAGAAUAAGAAGAUAACCGGUGGAGGUGAUGAGAGAUUCAGCAAGAAUGUACUUGUAAACAUUAGGACCGGAUCUCUCUACAUCACAAACAUCACAACCAAUCACUCUGGACUUUAUGAAGUAAAAAUAACCAUUGAUGGAAAAACCUCAUACAAGAAAUUCACAGUCACUGUAACUGAUUUUAACUUGAUAAAAUAUUUUGCACCGACAAACAUGCCUUGUGAAUGGAAACGGCCAGCGUCAGUGUCACAAGAUGAACACAGCAGCGUCUUGUAGGUCAUAUGAGCAUCAAAAAAUAAAUACCUGCUUUUUAACUUACUUAUAUUUUUAAAUAAAAACACUGUAAAGCAGUCUGAAAUCCACCUGUAUGUGCUAUUGAGUAUAUUAUAGUCUGUAUAGUCCUUUGAUUUGACAUAAAUCUAUAAACAUUAUAUAUAACAUGCAUUUCUUUGUGUUUAAUCUCCAAUGUUAAUGAUAGAUUUCACAUCUAUUUCUAGAUAUAGACAAAAUGUACUGCAUGAAAUAUUUACGGUUCAACACUAAUUUCUUUCACAGUAUUAUAUUUGAAUAUUAGCUUAAUAUUUGAUGAAAUGUAUGGUUAAUUUAAGUAGAUGUGCGUGCCAUAGCAUUUAGUCUGAAUGAUAACUGUAAACAUAACAACACACAAACGAUUUUGGCACCUGUGUGAUUUCAUUUGGGACACAACAUGGACUAAAAUAAAUGUGCAUCCAAUUCCCAAAUAGGCCUAUGUCUUUUGGGAUCAAAUAUGUAAAUGUUUUAUGUGUACUUUAUGUGCUAUAUAAGUUAUAAUAAACUAAUUUCUUGUGGUUAUAUUAAUAGUUAAAUAUAUUGAUGAGUCACAUAAAUGUAUUAAUAAUGGUUAUUAUAUUCCAAUGCAUUAAGUGCAUAAAAUAAUUUAGAAUAAG